CGGCAUAAUGCGGGGAGAAAUGUAAUGGUGGGCAAUAAGUAUUUUCGAGUAAAAUACGGCUUUUAUUAAAGUUAAUUUUAAGAUUCAAAGUGUUUCUGUAUUAUCGAGAAAAAUUUUAAAUUGACAAAAUGCCACCGAAAAAGGCACCGGCACCGAGUAAAAAAACGGAACAAAAGAAAAAGGAAAAAGUUAUUGAGGAUAAAACGUUUGGUAUAAAAAACAAAAAGGGUGCCAAGCAGCAAAAAUUUAUUCAGCAAGUUGAAAAACAAGUGAAAUCCGGCGGUGUUAAUCCACGCAAACUUGAAGAUCCCAAUGCAAAGAAACUAGAGAAAGAGAAGAAACUCAAAGAGCAAAAGGAAUUGGCGCUUAUUUUCAAACCUGUUCAAACGCAAAAAAUAGACAAAGGUAUAGAUCCUAAGUCAGUCGUUUGCGCGUUCUUUAAACAGGGACAAUGCACAAAAGGAGAUAAAUGUAAAUUCUCUCAUGACUUAAGUAUUGAACGCAAAGCUGAGAAACGUUCCUUAUAUUGUGAUAUGAGAGACGACGAUAAGGAAUUAGAUACAAUGGAUAAAUGGGAUGAGGACAAGUUGAAAGAAGUUGUGGAGAAGAAACAUGGUGGUGGUGGUAAUCGUCCGACAACUGACAUUAUCUGCAAACAUUUCUUGGAAGCGGUAGAAAAAGCGAAAUACGGUUGGUUUUGGGAAUGUCCAUCUGGUCAAAAAUGCAUUUAUAGGCAUGCCUUACCUCCUGGAUUUGUCUUGAAGAAAGAUAAGAAGAAGGAAGAAAAGAAAGAUGAAAUAUCUUUGGAAGAUUUAAUAGAAAAAGAAAGGGCUAAUUUAGGAUCUAAUCAGACUAAGAUAACGCUAGAGACAUUCUUAGCUUGGAAGAAGAGAAAGUUGAAGGAGAAGGAAGAACAGGCAAUCAAGGAUGAAGAAAAAAAAAGAAACGAUUACAAGGCUGGUCGACAAGUCGGCAUAUCAGGCAGAGAAAUGUUUUACUUCAAUCCAGAUCUCGCAACUGGAGAUGGUAUCGAUGAUGGAGACGAAGCAAUAUCUAGUUAUGUUCGCGAAGAAGAUGAUUAUGAAGAUAUACAAUAUAGGGAACUCGAUACAGAUCGUCUAGCUUUUGAAGCUAGCGAAACCGACACUAUGGGUAUCACUGUAGCUGCUGCAGAUCGAUUAAAGGUCAAUAGUAUCGCUGAUAAUGAUAAGAAUGUUGAAGUGACUGUGGAAGAAGGUGCUGCGGCGUUAGCUAUCAAUGAAAAUCUCUUCAUGGAAGAAGACCUGGAAGGUUUGGAAGAAGAAUUGGGGGACCUGGACUUAGAGGAGUAAUCCAGAUGUCCCGAUCGUGUCUCUCCUCACGUAACGUUGAUUCCACUCCUCCCAUCCGUUUUUAUCAACUUCAUUAACUUUAACGUAUCGCCAGAAUUAGUCUCAAAUGCAUUAUAUACAUAUACUUUUCAACAUAUUCACACAUAAAUGAUGUUUGUAUAUUUGAGAAUGUGUACAAAGAGCUGGUUGCGCAAACCAACCGUUAUAUUGUAAAAUGAAAUGAACAAGAAUAAUAAGAUAAAAUAAGAA